AUGACAGAUACCUCCUCCCUCGCCAUCACGCACGCCACCACGGAUUCCUAUCCGGUCCACGCCCAUCGCGGGUCCCCUGCUGCUGUCGACGGCGCCGCCUCUGACUCCGGCGCACCCGAUGAAGAACCUUACACCAUCAAAUGCAUUUGCUCGUUCGAUGAAGAUGAUGGCAACACGGUGUUCUGCGAAGGGUGUGAGACAUGGCAGCACAUUCUCUGCUACUACCCGGAUAAGAAGGUACCAGAUGUGCACAACUGUGUCGACUGCGAGCCACGGCCCCUUGACAACCGUCGUGCCCACGAACGACAACGGCAGCGGCGGAUUCGAGAGAAAAGCGAGGACGGCGACCGGAAAGCAAGACGAUCUGGGCCCAGAACACAAAAGAGAAAGUCCAAUGAUGCUGAUGUGAAUGCCUUUGGUCAUAAACGACAUGACUCGGGUUCCCGUGAGCAGCCACCGUCGAAGAGAACAAAGGUGUCUCGCGGGCCAUCAACUUCACUGAGCGGUAUUUCGGUUCCCCCGGGUCUGUCGGCCGAAGCGCGAAACCGACGAUCGUCUACCUCGGUUGCGGUGAGCCCAACAGGCAUCCCUGGCCCUCCUAUUCCCCAUUAUUCGGAAGAAUUUCUCUCUCUUUACGACCGCGAUGAUCAAUUUGUUGAAUCGAAGAGUAUUCUCAAUUACGGCGUGGAUUUUGUGAAUGAAAUUGUGGCGUGGCUGAAGGACCCACAGAUCUUGGCCCGAGUUACCGAUGGACUCAGUGUUGAAGACUUCGCCAAACGGUCCGAAGAGGCCAUGGAUCGGUCUCGUUGGCCCUCAUUGGUAACGGAAACUGUCACGGACUCGACAAUUGAGAUCGGUGGUAAGCACCCCGUCCACAAGAUCUUGAAAACAAAGGAUCCAGUUCAGAAGGACGAUGUCGUCGGUGAAAUCUUCGGCAAACUAGGCCACGUCAAAGAUUAUAAAAAGCUCCACAGCAACCGAUGGAAUGAAUUGGGGCACGCCCUGCCUUUCGUGUUCUUCAACCGACAGCUGGACUUGUACAUCGACAGUCGUCAGGAGGGAAACGAGCUCCGCCACGUUCGGCGGUCGUGCGAGGCCAAUGUUAACUUGAAAAUCUACAUCACCAAUGGCCGCCAGUACCAUUUUUGCUUCGUUGCGAAAAGAGACAUACCUGCCAAUACGGAAAUUACUACCAUGUGGUAUUUCGACGAUUCUUUCUUUCCUUCCGAUGCGACAGUGAAGGAGGAGUUCAAAGACAGGGUGGUAGACCCGACGGACGCCGCUAUUUGCAUUAGCACCACAUUGGCGAAUUUCGGUGGUUGUGCUUGUGGAAACCCCCAGACUUGCGUAUUGAACAAGCUUGAUCGUCGCGCCAAGCCCCCUCCCAACAAACGCUCCAAAUCGAAGCUCAAGGGCAAGACCAGGAAGCCAAAGUCCCUCGGCCUCCCCGCUGAUAUCGGUCGCGCCGGCAGCGAAACCACCAAGCAUGUUGAUGAGCACGACCCUCCGGCCGACGCCCGAUCAACUUCUGGCUCCGCGCGUGGUAGACAUACUGGCAGCAGUCGCGAUCUCAGUCCCACGGCGUCACAGCUAACUCUGCCAGAGCUCUCCAGUCGCGAAAGACGUAAGAUAGCGGAUGCCGAAAAACAAUUUCAACAGCUAGAGCAGGUUAGGAACGUCAAUGCCAAAAGGAAAAGGCGCUCUAAUCGCCCUCCGACACGGUUUACCCCCGCGACACAGUCGAGCUCAACUCAAACUGGCGAGGACUUCAAACCUUACCACGAGUUUGGCCCUGAUCGAAAGACCCGUCAAGUUACCUAUGUUGACGCUCAAACUGAACUCUACGCCGAUGAUGUUGAACGCUCGUUCUUGCGCGCAGAACGUCUGAGGCGAGGAUACAAACUCGACAUGAUCCAUCCUACACUUAUGCAUAAGAUUCGGUGGUGCGCGGGGCAUCACAUCGCAGAGGACUUGGCCCAGCGAAAUGCAUGGGAGGCCGGGGACUUGAGUGUCGUGCCAUCUGGGGUCAUCCCCUGGUGGUACGGUUGGUUCCCGCUCCCAAUCGACGACAGGUCUCAUAUCGAAUUGCUCAAGGAAGAUUCCGACCGAAUGGGAAUACCUGCUGAUCACGGUCCCCUUGCGAUGCCCCCUCGGUGGUCUUUCCACCAGUCCAAGUAUCUCCAGCCUGAAUACAACUACCAUGGCAUUGCGAUCAGAGGAAUACAUUAUGACCCUCCAGCGCGACCAGUCCAAGGUGAUGUUGAUACUCGGGGCGCUCUCUCAUACAAACGAGGAUCCUUCGCAUCUGGCUCUAGCAGUGAUUUGCUCAAGCUCUCCAUUUCACCUUACUGGCCAUCCACUGCAGCGCAUACCUUAAGGAUUCCGGGGGCUGGCAAUCGUGGCUAUCUGCGUGUUUCCAUGCCACCACCAUCGAACAUUCCGUCAGUCCUUAGUCCUGGUUCCAUGUCCACGGGGAGUCUCGCAUCACUUAGUUCUCGUGACACGGCCUCCCCAAUCUCUCUUGUGCCAUCCUCUGGUUCUACACUCGCAGGUACGCCUGCCAAGAAGAAACUCAGUCUUGGUGAUUAUCUGAUCCGACGUGGCACAAUGACAACCACCCCGACUUCGGAGCCAGCUCCUGCCCCACCUUCUGGUCCGCCUCCCGACGAUUCACGUCUACGUACUCAACACUUUCUGGCUAUCACUUCGGUUUUUGGUGAUAAUCAUCAACCUCCUAAGACCGACCCCGGAGACCAGAACCAGUCUCCGGAUAUCAUUAUGACGGACGCACCGGAGGCAACACCCACCAAAAAUCCAUCUAUCUCUUCGUAA